AUGGUUCCGCGUGAGAAUUCAGAUGAAGCGUCUUCUGAGGCAACAGCAAAAACUGCGCGGCCUAAACUAUUGAACAACUUCAAACAAACCACCACCGUCGCAGGUGAUGGAGCGAACGAAGCAUCGGGCGAUGGAGACCAAGGACCAUUUGAUGAUAAACCUGUAGAAGCUAACGACUCAGAAAAUGAUGGUGAUCACAAUUCACUGCUGGACGAAUCGAUGUUAGCGAAUCUCGAAUCGAAGCGCCUAGAAGAAGAAUCUGCCAUGGCCAAAUCUGACGUACCGACCGAGUUUCAUGACUUGCCGAUGGAUGCUUCUGAGACCGAUGAGGGACCUGAGUUUGAAUCACGGGAUGCGGAACACUUCUCGGAUGGCGAAAUGGAACAACCCAUGGACACUAGUGUCGCCAAUGAACACACCACUGGCCUACCCGAAGAGUUAGAUGAGAUGGGAAAGGCGGAUGCAGAUCAGCAGAUGCAAAGUUUCCAGUACCAGCCGGGCGCCGGUGAUCUUGCUAAUGCGGACGCGGCAGCGUUCCAAAACACCUUUGAAGACGAAUACCACGGCCAGGGACCCUCCGAUCCAAGAGUUGCCACUGGAGCUGGUGCAGCAACCAACUCAUUGAACUCCGUCUCUGAUACUGGCAGUGUUCAGCCCAUUGGGGAAAGUCAACGCGGUGGUGAGAAGCUUACGGGACCUUCUGGUCAGCGUGAUCCUGUUGAGCACACAAGCUCACAGUCUACCUCGAGGAGGCAUGGGCCUAGACCCACUUCAGAUGGCCGAUCGCAAGAUGUUAAUAGCAUUGGGUCAGCUGUGAGAGGAGAGGUUCUCGAAUCAGUCGACUCAAAGGAAGAGCUUGUGGACCAUGACGAAGAGUUCGACUCCUCCACUUGUGGCUUGUACCAGCAUUUGCCACCAGACAAAUCUGAUGCCGCGGAUGAUUCAUCGCUAGUGCAUGUUGUCGAUUCAGCGACUGAAGCUCAGCGAAACCAGCAAGUUUCGGUGCCGCCGGAAGAUCAUCCAGCUGAUGUGAUGGUGCUUGAAAACGAUCACGAAGAUCUCACUGCGGCCACCGACGCUGUGCCCACGGAAAUUGUAAAAAAUCCACCAUCGUUAUCGACUUGUCGAAAAACAUCCAAAUCCGUGGACCAAACUGCUUCCCACAAUGAGCACGAUCUGAUGACCACGGAUCCAGACGUCGAAUUGGUUCCUACUUUGGGGGCUCAACGACCCCCAGAAUCUUUGAUAUGUACUCAGCGUGAACACAGUUCGUACUUCGAUCCUUUGGCCAUUCCCGCAUCCCUCGAACCGCUUCCAGUCGACUACGCGGGUAUCCACUUGUUAUCGGAUGAUUUUACGAAAGCUACCAUCGAAUGGUCUGCCUGUGUUCACCGUUCAGCUAACCUGGCUCAUCAGCUUUGUGAGUCUUUGAGGCUCGUGCUUGAACCGACAAAGGCCGCUCGAAUGCGAGGAGACUAUCGCACUGGGAAACGAAUCAACAUGAGGAAAAUCAUUCCGUAUCUAGCAAGUCAUUUCAGAAAGGACAAAAUUUGGCUUAGAAGAUCGCAGCCCAGUCAACGGGAGUACAGGAUUCUGAUCGCAGUCGAUGAUUCUUCCUCUAUGUCUGACAAUCUGUGUCGUCAGAUGACCUUCGAUGCUUUGGCGACCGUCACUACAGCUUUCGCACUGCUGGAAGUCGGUCGAAUUGGUGUUUGCAGUUUCGGUGAGUCAGUUCGCGUGUUGCAUGAUCUGAAAGACGCUUGGACUGGAGAGACCGGGCCUAGUGUAGUUUCCCGAUUCACGUUUCAACAAUCACGGACCUCCCUUGUUCAGCUCAUACACAGUGCUCUAACAAUGAUGCAAGAGUGCCAGUUUCACAAAUCCACAGGCGGUACUCCAAGCCAGCUUCUCCUCAUCCUUUCCGAUGGCGUCUUCUCCGAGGAUCCCCAAGAUCCCAAUGUUCAGGCGGCCAUCCGUCUAGCCAGAGAUUCCAAUUUGUUCCCCGUUUGCUUAAUUUUGGACGAUGUCCGCAAGAAGGUGAGUCCCUGGGUUAUUGUAUUGCCUACAGAUACGUUGUAUGGUCUUUUAAAACCUCUAGGGGGCCAAAGUAUUGCGGUACCUUCAGGAUGUAUGCAUCAGGUUGGCUUCGGCUGUCUCAUUGCCUUCGAAAUUGAUCACAUCAUUGAAUAG